GAAUUUAGGGGUGCAUCUAAGGCGCAUUUCAUUUCAUUUCUCUUUCGCUUUGGUUUUCGCGUUUGUCCGUUUUGUGGGGCUUUUACCAUUUUGAACGAAAAUCUCAGGCCGAGAGGGCGGGCAGCUGAGACCACCUCGAAGAACGCGAAAUCUAGGGUUUUCAACAGGCAAUAGAAGAUGGCAGAUUCCGAGGAUAUUCAACCGCUUGUCUGUGAUAAUGGAACGGGAAUGGUUAAGGCUGGUUUUGCUGGAGAUGAUGCUCCGAGGGCUGUGUUUCCUAGCAUUGUUGGACGUCCACGUCACACUGGUGUUAUGGUUGGCAUGGGGCAGAAAGAUGCAUAUGUUGGAGAUGAGGCUCAGUCCAAGCGUGGUAUAUUAACUCUGAAAUACCCUAUUGAACAUGGAAUUGUUAGCAAUUGGGAUGAUAUGGAGAAGAUUUGGCAUCACACCUUCUACAAUGAACUGCGUGUUGCUCCAGAAGAGCAUCCAAUUCUCCUCACUGAAGCACCUCUCAACCCCAAGGCAAACCGUGAGAAGAUGACACAGAUCAUGUUUGAGACCUUCAAUGCUCCAGCCAUGUAUGUCGCAAUCCAGGCUGUUCUUUCCCUUUAUGCCAGUGGUCGUACUACUGGUAUUGUGCUCGACUCUGGAGAUGGUGUCAGCCACACGGUUCCCAUUUAUGAAGGGUAUGCUCUUCCACAUGCCAUAUUGCGUCUUGACCUUGCAGGUCGUGACCUCACGGAUGCCCUGAUGAAAAUCUUGACCGAACGAGGCUACUCAUUCACCACCACAGCCGAACGUGAAAUUGUGAGGGACAUGAAGGAAAAGUUGGCUUACAUUGCCCUUGACUAUGAACAGGAAUUGGAAACUGCUAAGACCAGCUCCUCUGUUGAGAAGAGCUAUGAGUUACCUGAUGGCCAGGUGAUCACCAUUGGUGCUGAGCGUUUCCGAUGUCCAGAAGUCCUGUUCCAGCCAUCCAUGAUUGGAAUGGAGGCUGCUGGUAUACACGAGACAACUUACAACUCCAUAAUGAAAUGUGAUGUUGAUAUCAGGAAGGAUUUGUAUGGAAACAUUGUACUGAGUGGUGGCUCCACUAUGUUCCCUGGUAUUGCUGAUAGAAUGAGCAAGGAAAUUACUGCAUUAGCCCCCAGCAGCAUGAAGAUUAAGGUGGUCGCUCCACCUGAGAGGAAAUAUAGUGUAUGGAUUGGAGGCUCCAUCUUGGCAUCCCUUAGUACUUUCCAGCAGAUGUGGAUUGCCAAGUCUGAGUAUGAUGAGUCCGGCCCUUCAAUUGUGCAUAGGAAAUGCUUCUGAUCACAACCAACGAUAAGUGGACUGCUCUAUUUUGGAGAGAAAAUGCUGCUUGCAUUUUUCUUCUUUGGUUCUACUGCCCAAUCGUUUCAAUGUCUGGACAAUGACCUUUAAAGGAUGAGGCGAUUGCUGAAUUAUUUUAGACUUUUCUUUCGGUUGUUUUCUUCCAAGUAUUGAGGGACUGUUACCCUUGAAAUCUUUUAGCAGCAUGUUAAUUCUAUCUCAUUUAUUAUCCCAUUUUUUGCUCUUUGUUA